AUGGCGUCUUCUUCUUCUUCCUACUGCACCCGCUGGCACGCCAUGUUCUACAUCACCCUCGCCGUCAUCCUCGCCGCCGUCUCCAUCUCCACCACCCUCAGCUCCGACUCCAACUCCGACUCCGACUCCCAAACCCCCCAGUCCUCCACCGCCAUCAGCCACGUCAUCUCCCUCAGCGCCUCCAGAACUCUCCGCUCCUCCGGCUUCACCAUCACGGCUGCUCUCCUCCAAAUCUCACCGGAGCUCUUCCUCACCUCCCCGAACUCCACCAUCUUCGCGAUCGCCGACUCCCACAUCUCCAACGCCUCUCUCCCUCCUCACCUCCUCCGCGACAUCCUCAAGUACCACACCUCGCCGGUUAGGGUUUCCAUCGAAGACCUGAUCAACCAGCCUCAAGGCUCUUGCUUGCCGACUCUCUACCGGAACAAGACCGUCGCGAUCACCAAGAUUGAUCGGAGGAAUCGGACGGUCCAGAUCAACCGGGUCCGGAUCUCCCACCCGAAUCUCUUCCAAGAAGGAUCCGUCUCGAUCCACGGCGUUCCUUCCCCGUUCGCGGCUGUGGAUACCGAAUAUGACGUCAUCCACGGACCUGAGUGCGACGCGGAUUUUGGCGUCGUUUCUGGUUCUGGCGGACUGAAGAAGAAGAAGAAGAAAACGACGAGUCGUGUGGAGUGGGCUCGGAUUGUUCGGCUGCUGAGCUCGAAGGGGUUUGUGUCGUUUGCGAUUGGGCUGCAUUCUGUUCUUGAUGGGAUUGUUGAAGACGAGAGAAACGUGAGCUCUGUGACGAUUUUUGUGCCGCCAAGAUUGGAGCUUGGAGGUGAUCGUCAUUAUCCUCAGGCUUUGCUUGAGAAGGUUGUGAGGUUCCACAUUGUGCCUCAGAGGCUUACACACAAGGAGCUUAUGGCACUGCCUGCGAGGACUCUGCUCAAGACUAUGGUUCAUGGUGACCAGCAGCCUCUUGAAGUCACUGGGGUUGUGAGCUUCAUGCCGGAAUUGGUCAUCGAUGGCGUGAGGAUCGUGGCGCCUGACACCUAUGUUUCAGAGAGCGUGGUUGUCCAUGGGAUUUCUCGAGCUUUCGAGGUGAAUGAUCUGCCUAAUACCCAAUAA